GAUGUUAAUACGUGCAAUUUGGUCAAGUGCCCCUAUAUUGGCUUCAAAAAUUCUAUAAGAUCAGAUUGUCCUUCUCAUAUUGCUUCUGAAAAUCCAAAGUUUGAAGAAGAUAUUCCGUCAACCUGCGCCUUAUUUUCUGGUUGGCAGGUCAAGGAAUUAAAAAAAGAAGCUACAAGUCUAGAACCUAUUCUUACUAUGAAUACUGAGUUAGAAAGUUCAUCUGAAAAUGUAAUGAGCAAAAACAAAGAUCGAUUUAAUUAUUCGGAGUUUUUUCACAAGGAAGUUGAACUCAAAAAACAGGAUUCAACCUAUCGAGUUUUUCGGCGAGUUCUUAGAGAUGCCAAUGCCUUUCCAUAUGCAGAAGAUUUUUCCACAGGACAAAGGCGUCGAGUGGUUGUUUGGUGCUCAAAUGAUUAUUUAGGACUCAGUUGGCAUCCAAGAGUUCAAGAGGCAGCUAUGUAUGUGCUAAAUUUAGCGUAUCAUUUUCCUAAUCUUUAA